GCAUCCUGCAUUAUCGUGUGAGAAACAACUUCAGCGGCGUGCAAGUCAGUGAGUCUAGAAGGUCUGGUGUUUUUAGGUCGCGCACUACUCCAUUAAACAUACUGUCUCCAUUUUCAUCAUGGCUGCUUACGCACAGCACGGCACCCCAGUGGUGUACCAGCCUGGUCAGGUCGGUACCGUGGUCGUCCAGCCUGGUACUGCAGGCAAGCCGCUCAGAGACUGGAACUCUGGUGUCUGCGACUGUUUUAAUGACAUAAAUAUAUGUCUUUUGGGCGCGUUCUGUGGUACCUGUCUACUGAUGAGGAAUGCCAAGAAACUUGACGAGAACUGUUUGACGCCCUGCUUGGUGCCCUUUUCUUUUACCUCGAUGAGAGUCAAACUAAGGACCCAGGAAAAUAUUAUGGGCUCUAUUCACAACGACUACAUGACUGAGUGUUGGUGCGGACCGUGUGGAAAUUGUCAGAUGGCCAGGGAACUACAAUACCUCGGUCGCUAGGAGUCAGGGCAGAAAUUGUUUGCUUCAGUCAACUCUGGACCAAGCAACAAAUACGUGGCUCAUUAUUUUACAGCUUUUUAUAUUAUUUACUAACACUAGCCUUGCUUGAAUGUCAUAGAAAAUACCAGUAUGGAAAAAGAACAUCUUAUUAAAUGGGUCGUUUUGACUGUUUUUUUUU